GAGGGGGCGGGUCCAAGGGCCCUGAAGGCCGAGGAAGGUCCCGGAGCUUCUCCCCUCCCGGGAGGCUGGAGGGCGGGGGCUUCAGGUGGAAGCCGGCUUAGUCGUGGGGGCGGCUGGUGGUUAGAGCCUGCGGGGCCUCCCCCAGCCCGCCCCGGCCAGGGACCUCGCGCCUCCAGACUCGCUGCCUUUCCUAGGACUGAGACGCCCCGAGCCCUCUCCGGGGUCCGUUCUAGAGCGCGCACUGAGAUCCCAGAUCCGAGAGAGCCACGGAGGCGCGGCGCCGGCGCAGGGGCAUGGUUCCGGGCCCGGGGCCCGGGAGCUGGGACUCCGGGGUCCAAUCCCCCGGGGAUCCCCUCACCUCGGGUGGCGGUCCCUACAGAUAAGGCGCUUGGCGAUCCACAGGCACCCCAGGAGCAGCAGUGAGGGCCCGCCCCAGCCAUGGCGGAGAAGGAGACCAGCAACAUCCAGUGCUCAGCGUCCAAGAGCAUCCGGCCCUUCCGCUCGAGCGAGGAGUACCUGGAUGCCAUGAAGGAGGACCUGGCCGAGUGGCUGAAUGCCCUGUACGGGCUGGCGGUCCCCGGGGGCGGCGGCGGCUUCCUGGAGGCGCUGGAGACGGGCGCUGUGCUGUGCCGCCACGCCAACAACGUCAACGGCAUCGCCAGGGACUUCGCGGGCGCCCGGCCCGAGGCCGCGGCCCGCCUGCGGCUGCCUGCCAGGGAGGUGGUGUUCCAGGCCCACGGCGUGGCCCCCGGCUCCUUCCUGGCCCGAGACAACGUGUCCAACUUCAUCGCGUGGUGCCGCGGCGAGCUGGGCAUCCCCGACGUGCUCAUGUUCGAGACCGACGACCUGGUCCUGCGCAAGAACGAGAAGAACUUCGUGCUGUGCCUGCUCGAGGUGGCCCGGCGGGGCUCCAAGUUUGGGGUGCUGGCCCCCAUGCUCAUCCAGCUGGAGGAGGAGAUCGAGGAGGAGCUCAGGGACCAGGCCCAGCAGCCGGGGCCGCCCACUGCCGCUGGGGACCCUGACAAGGACCGGCAGCCGGACCCUGCCUCAGGGAUGGGGGCCUGCCCCGGCCGGGGGCCCAGGAUGACCCUGUGUGAUCUCCGGAACCUGGACGAGCUGGUGCGAGAGAUUCUGGGCCGCUGCACGUGCCCGGACCAGUUCCCCAUGAUCAAGGUGUCGGAGGGCAAGUACCGCGUCGGGGACUCGAGCGCCCUCAUCUUUGUCCGGGUCCUGCGCAGCCACGUGAUGGUCAGGGUGGGAGGAGGCUGGGACACGCUCGAGCACUACCUGGACAAGCACGACCCCUGCCGCUGCGCCUCUGUCUCCCACCGGCUGCCCCAGCCCCGGGCCCUGGCCUUCUCCCCACAGAAGGUGUCCCCCGUCCCCAGCCCCCGGGCCUCGAGCCCCGGGGCGCAGCGCUGGCCGGACGCGGGGGGCUCCGGCCCAGGAGGGGAGCGCCGCGGCUCUCGGACAGAGGGGCUCCCUGCCCGCCUCGGGGCCGGAGGAACAGGCUCCCCCCAGGCCUCCGCCGGCCCCCGAGCUCAUCGCGAUGGUCCCGACACGCGACAGUCCAGUGCACACAGGCCCCCAAGGUCCCGCCGCUGCUCCGGGGACAGCGACUCGUCGGCUUCCUCCGCACAGAGCGGCGUCUUGGGCUGCUGCCGGGCCGAAGAGGGGUCCCCGGGGCCCCGGAAGGAUGGGAGCAGCCAGCGGGGCGCCAGGGUCCCGGCCGCCCUCAGGAGACCCCCGGCGCCCCGGAGCGAGUCCCGAGAUCGGGGCCCCGGGCCCAGCCCCCGCGGGGAGGAGCGAGGCCGGCCCCGAGGGGCCCACGGUGCCAGAGAUGCCCGGCCGACGGCCCCGAGCCCUGCCCGGCGGGCCCGGAGCCAGGGCCGGGAGGACCAGCCGCUCCUCAUCCGCCGAGACCCGGACGGGCAGCACUCGAUGGCUCGGGCCGGCGGCUCUGGCCGGAGCACCCCGAGGGCCGGGAGCCCCGCGCCGCCCCGGCCCCGGCCUCAGCCCCCCUCGGCCCCGGAGCCGCCCCGGCCCGUGCGGGCGGUGGAUACCCUGAGCCAGGAGCUCGAGGAGCUGGCCCGCACCUUCCGGGCCCCCCUGCAGCUGGACCCCAAGCAGGAGCAGCAGCUCUACCGCCGCCUGGAGGAGGAAUUCCUGGCCAACUCGAAGGCGCUGGAGGCCGAGAGGGCCGCCCUGGCGCAGGCGCCCCCGAGCGCCCCCGAGCCCGCGGCCCCCGACUCGGCGUACUGCUCCUCCAGCUCCUCGUCCUCCUCCCUCAGCUUCUUCAGCAAGCCCGGCGCGCCCGGGGGAGGCCCCGCUCCCAACGGGGUCCCCGCCGUCCCCAACGGCUCCGGGGAGACGUGGGACGCCCGGGCCGCGGCCCGCCGCAGGGCCCCGGCUCUCUCCAGCUCCUCCGACGAGAGUAACUACUGCCUCGGCGCCCUCGACGACGUGCGGGAGGUGCCCGAGGCGGGCUGGCGCACGGCGCAGGGCGUGGGCUCGGGGGACGACGAGGGGGGCCCAGGGAGGCCCUCCCCCGCCGCGGACCCGCCGAGACCCCGCGCCCGUCCUCGGGCGGACAACCAGCCGGCCAGAAAGCCGUCCCGCAUCCCCACCCCGCGGGCCCCCCAGAGGCCCUGCCAGCCGCACGCGGCCCUGGCGGGCUUCCCAGAGCCCCUGGCCCGGGUGCCGAGGGCCGAGAGCGGGCGGGAAGGGGGCGCCUGGAUGUGAGCGGGGCCCUCGCGGUCACCCCCCUUCUUCCUUCCUACGUGGCCUUAGUUCGAAGCAGGUCCAUCGACCCGCCGGGCGUCCACUCCCGGAGUGCAGGGACCGACGUCAGGGAAAGAGGGGAGCGGAGCCCGCGGCUGCCUUCUCGCCCCGUCCCUCCCUGUACUGUAUAAGUGGGCAAAGCAGAUGUAUUUAAAUUAAUAUAUUGAGAGAGUGUGUGUGAGAGAGGAGAGGCCCCCCCGAGCCCUCCCCCCCCGCCCGGUCGCCCUCCCUGGCCCGGAGAGAUUCCGAGCUGAAGACAGUAAAGUCAUCAACGUCCAUG